AUGUGUAAAAAUGAACCGAACACUCCUCAAGAACUUGUUCCCAUUGACCCUGUUCGUCUUGAUGGGAAGAACUAUCCGAUCUGGGCUCGGCGAAUGGAGUUUUUCCUCAAGGAAUUAAAAGUUGAAUAUGUACUCUAUGAGCCAUGCCCUAGCAUUAUGCUAGGAUCUGAAGCAACUACUGAAGAAAUUGCUGAAUCGAAGGCUGCUGAAGAGAAAUGGAUCAAGGAUGACUUUAUGUGCCUUCGCACCAUCUUGAACUAUCUAUGUGAUGAUCUCCUCCAUCGUUACGCAAAGAGAAAGAAAACUACAACUGCUAAACAACUGUGGGACGAUCUAAAAUUAAUGUUCGGAACAAAGAGAUCUCUGGUUAGAAAGUACAUGGAAUUUCAGAUGGUUGAUGAGAAGACAGUUGUGGAGCAAGUUCAAGAAUUCAAUCGCAUUUUCGAUGACGUUGUGGCUUCUGGAAUGACGUUGAGUGAGAAAUUUCAUGUCUCUGCCAUCUUAGCCAAGCUCCCAGCCUCUUGGAAGUACUCAACCAUCAAGUUAUUGACGGGGAAGGAGAAGCCUUUGACUUUAGAAGUGUUGAUGGAUAGUUUGAGGGUUGAAGAAGAGUACGUUUGCCUAUGA